AUGCCUUCUCCCAGCGCGAACCGGGAGCCUGAGAUCGGGGAAAUUGGUGGCUCUGGCAUUGAUGCCUCGCUCAACAACCCCUUUAUUACCCGCUUGCAGGCUCGGAGAAAGGCCCGCCACAGCGACACGAAAGAAUCGCAGCAAAGUGAGUUAAGCCAGGCCAGCAACGUCGAUGGUCGCAGCGAUAAAAACACAAGCAUCGAUGAGGAUUUCGGAGAGAGACUACCCGACGGAAGGAUCGAGCUUCAAGAAUCCGACUGCUACGAGAAAUUGGGAUUCUGCUUUUCCACUACGAAGAAAUGGACCAUUCUCUGUGUCAUUUUUGCGGUUCAAAUCUCUAUGAACUUCAACACAAGCGUAUAUGCCAACGCAAUAACCCCCAUGUCCGAAGAAUUUUCUCUUCCCGAAAAGACCGUGAGACUUGGACAAAUGAUCUUCCUCGUCGCUUAUGCAUUUGGAUGUGAAUUAUGGGCGCCGUGGAGCGAGGAAUUCGGGAGAUGGCGCAUUAUGCAGUUGAGCCUUGCCUUUGUCAACGUGUGGCAGGUACUCUGUGGUGUCGCGCCCAACUUUUGGGUUGUUUUACUUGGGCGGUUCCUGGGCGGUCUUUCAUCCGCAGGGGGUUCUGUGACAUUGGGCAUGGUAGCCGAUAUGUGGGAGGCUGAUGACCAGCAGUUUGCCGUCGCCUUUAUUGUUCUUUCAUCUGUUGCCGGAUCCGUGGUUGGCCCCAUUGCGGGUGGCUUCAUGGAGGUUCAUCUGCACUGGCGCUGGAACUUUUGGAUCCAGCUCAUCCUUGGUAGUGCUGUACAGUUCUGCCAUUUUCUUCUUGUCCCAGAAACCAGAGCUACUGUUCUCCUGGACAAAGAAGCCCAGCGGCUACGGAAAUCUGGCAUGACGCAAAUUUAUGGCCCCGGUGAAAUCCACGGCCGCGGCUACUCGUUCAACCAGCUCUGUGAUAUAUGGAUACGACCCUUCAGCAUGUUUGUCCGGGAGCCCAUUGUAUUGUGUCUCUCCCUCCUUAGCGGCUUCAGCGAUGCGCUUAUAUUCACCUUCCUCGAAUCGUAUCAGCCCGUGUUUUCUCAAUGGGGCUUUGGAACUAUACAAGUUGGCCUUGCAUUCAUUCCGAUCAUCAUCGGGUACUUUAUUGGGUAUCUCUCGUUCAUCCCAGUUAUCCUUCGUCACAAAAAAGAUAAGAAGUUUAGGCCCCAUCGGGUGAACCCUGAAAGGCGACUCUGGUGGCUUCAGAUCACCACUCCGCUCGAGUGUGUGGGAUUAUUUUUGUUUGCAUGGUCAAGUUUUGGCCCUCCACUUUUUCAUUGGAUGGCUCCCAUGUUCUUUUCCAUGAUGAUUGCGGUUGCCAAUGUGAGUUUUGAUAUCAACCAUGGCGGCUCAAUAUGA